GUGGCGACGAAGGCAGUGAAGGUGAUGCCGGGGGGGAUGAUGAUGAUGACAGUGAUGACAGCGAGCCUGAGCAAAGAGAUGUUGAGCCCCCCAAAAAGCGGACCCGUUCCAGUGGGAGCCAGACAGAUUUAAAUUUGUGCCUAUUCUGCCAGCACCUGUCAAAAAGAAGAAGUGGGAAAAAGGAGCCACUGACCCAAUGCAUAUCGUUCAGUGCGAGCAAUAACAUCGUCAAUGCUGCAACAAUUCGCAGUGACUCGCGGGUCUUGAGGGAGGUGUCUGGUGGAGAUGCAAUCGCCAGGGAAAUCAAGUAUCACGCUUGUGCCUGGCCAACUACACUCGCAAGAGGACACUCGAGGGCCUGACGAAGCCCACAGUGUCCACUACAGCACCGUCCCUGGGUCAUACUGACAGCUUUGGUGCAGCAUUUGCCCAGCUGGCCAUGUCCGUGCAGACACUUGUCCUAUCUCAAAGUAAGGUAGACGUCGGUGCUUGAAUUCUGCGGCCUGACCAGCCAUGUCCAAGGAACUGGAAAUUCCAUGAAAAAUGGUGCCAACAAGGAGGAGCUCAUGCAGUUCCUCUUCAACCACUGGAAAUCUGCAGAGUGCGCACAGCUGCUGCAAGGGGGAUGCGUUGUCAUAACAGUCCGGGACAUGGCCUACCUCCUGAAGGCCAACGGUGACCACGUAGCGUAUGAAGAGGUGCCAAACCUCCGGUCAACACAGGAGGAGGCCGACACGCGGAUGCUGCUUCAUGCCUACCAUGCAAGUGCAGACUACUCGACAGGACUGGUCAUUCGGUCACCCGACACCGACGUCCUCGUUUUGUGCAUUGCUCUAGCGUCCAGUAUUCCAGCCCGAUUGCUGUUUGAGACUGGCAGACGGGCAGCCUCACGCAUCGUGGACAUCUCUGCUGUCGCUGAAAAGCUGGGAGCACAGGUGUGUUCAGCUUUGCUUGGCCUCCAUGCGGUCACUGGCUGCGACAGCACCAGCUCCUUCUACCGAAUAGGAAAGAAGAAGGCGUGGAAAGUCCUUAAGAGCAAGCAAAGCCACCAGAUUGCGUUAGCACACAUGGGCGACAAUUUCGUGCUGCCAGUCAACCUCCAGAAGGAAGUGGAGAAGUAUGUCUGCCACCUUUACGGUCACCCUGAACUCGAGAGCAUCAACGAGGCCAGGUACAAGGCGUUCUGCUCUCGGUCCCCACCCCCUGCUCAGCUCCCACCAUGCGCCGAUAGCUUGGAGCAGCACGUCAAACGGGCCAACUACCAGGCUGGUGUGUGGAAACGGGCACUGGUCGCAUCCCCAGACCUACCCAGCAUCAGUGAUCAUGGAUGGAGGGUAGACGACUCUAAUGUCAUGAUCAUGUGGGGUCUUCUUCCUCCUGCACCACCAGAGCUGAUGGCGAUCAUCCGGUGUGCCUGCGCCACUGGAUGUUCAACGCGCCGGUGCUCAUGCCUACAGUCCUCCAUUUCUUGCACCGAUGCAUGCCAAUGCAGUUCCUGCGCGAAUCCGCACAAUGCUGUGUCCGAAGUGCUUGCAGCACCUACACUUCAUGGAGACAAUGAAGACAGUGCUGAUGAUGAAGAUGGUCAAACUGAUGAUGUUGACAACCCCUCCCACGAGAUCGCGGAAUAACUGCUGAACAUCAGCUUUCCAUGGAUUUCUGGUCACGUGUUUACACCGGGGAAGUGAGCUGCGUUCAACCAAGUGUAGCUGGCAGUCCCCAACAGAACAUUCCAGGUCAACCACUUCCAUCGUGCUUUUCGACAGCGCGCCUCAGUAUGUUCGCUGUGCACUUGUACCUGGUCAUGUUCCAUGCUAUUUCUACUGUUUGCCUGUACAGGUUAUGCCAGCAUACUUACUAGUCCUACCGAUACUGUCACUGCAAGUAACUAGGUUAUAAGUCACCCGUGCACGACAACCUAGUAUAGCAGUCACUGACUCCUCUCUCCACAGUGAAUGGCUACACUGCAUUGCCUAGACGCAUCCCAAAGCCUCUCAUUGUGUAUUCAUAUUAUUUCUAAUGCUCGGGUUUUCUCUUGUCUGUCCCCGGGGAAAAUUGCGAUUCCGCGGCCGCGUUUUUUUCCGCGUUUUUUGCGAUUUUUUAAAAGACCACGUUUUCCGCGAUUUUCCCGCGUUUUUUGAACUUUUUUGUUGCACUACGCGCACUACACGUACAGACCAGUACACUGUUCGGUCAGCAACGUCUCAUCUUGGCGGCUUUUUACUCAAAUAUGACGAGUGCUUACACCAGAGACUUGUAACUGAUUGAUUUCACUACAUACUCACUGAAAAUUGCCGCACAUCAAUAUUAUUCACCGCAUAUUUACCGCAAAUUCACUGCAAAUUAUGCCGUAUUAUGCCGCGUUUUUCCCCGCGUUUUUUGCGAUUUUUUUCCGCAAUUUUCCCCGGGGACAGUCUUGUGACCCGCGACGCCAGGCAUGAAGUCAUGCUCCUUGCUAUAUACAUGUAUCUCGCGGCCGUAACUUGUUAACAGAGUGUUACUGACACUCAGUGCCAACUGCUGCAAUUGCAGCUCAAAUGCAAACACUGUAUGUGUACGUGUUGCUGCGCAUUGGUCUCUGCCUUGAGAAUUCUUAUCAUUUUGGUGUAUUUUUAAUAACAGGCGUGGACCAUCCCGUGAUUUCUUAGGUGCCGGUUUUAAACAUUUGCUGUGUACUUUUUAUAAUCACCAAAUGUCCCAUGACUGAGGACACCUAUGAUAUCAAGAACAGUGUACUAAGACACUUGCUUAUCUGA